AAGCAACAACAGGAGCAGACCCUUUGAGUCACACUCGCCACCACCCCUUUCUUUCUCCUCCACCUUCCCUAAUCAAGAGGAGUCCACUUACCUUGCUCAUCGCACCAGACUCACCGUACACUGUAAUUUCUGAGUUGGACUCUCACUCAGACUCUCUUGAAGAUCUCUUCCGGCCACGAAUUAGGUGUGUCAUCAUCAGUUCAUUCGACAAUAUCCAAAAGACCUAUCAACAUGGAGACACCAUUGAGUCCGUAUUUGUUCAGGACUUUCCUGAUGCCAAUCCCUUUCUCUUGAUCGACUUUAUCCAACGCUGCCCCAUUCUAACUUCACUUCGACGAGAGAAUCCACAUGAAACCUGACGAUGUCGAAGAUGUCCUACUAUCACAUGGGGGCGCUGAUACGCUGCUUGUCGAGUUCUGAGUCCCACGUUCCUUGGCUGUCCAGCAAUCUAAAGAUAUCAAUUGGCAUUGACGAAAGUGACGAACAGGAUGCAUUCAACUUCCUCUCAGAAUACCUAUCAUACUUGUGGAAAAGCAGAGAAGAUAUUAGAAUCUCCUUUUUUCACUCCUCUUCGCCAGAAUAUCACUAUCUGAAGUUGCACAAACCCAUAGCCGGCGAAGGGACAAAUCAAUCACUCAUUUUCUUGAAAGUGCAGAUUUUGCUCUUGUGGUGCACUCUCCACAAACUCCAGAGAAUAUUGAGUGAGGAAAGUUUCAAUGACAUCAAGUCGGUCGUAUUAAUUGUUUGUGGGUCCGGUGAGGUGACCGAGAUAGACCAAUGCUGUGGCAAGAUCAGGGACCGCCGGAAUUAGCUCGUCCUCCUCACCGAUCAGGAUUACAAGAUGGAAACAAAAUUCUCACCUGAUGGA